AUGGCGGUGGCCGCGGCGCUGGGUCCCCUGGGCGCGGUGGCCCUGGGCACCCUGACACUGUCCCUGCUGCUGCGCUGGCUUUGGGACGCCGUGGUGGCUGUCGCCCGCUUCCGGGCCACUUGUCGCCAGCUGAACAGGUUCCCCCUCCCCCCGUGGCGCAACUGGCUGCUGGGACACACCGGCAUGGCUGGGAGCACGGAGAAGGACCUGCAGGCCGUGGACGCACUGGUGGCCCGGUACAGCCCGGGCUGCCUGUGGUGGGGGCUGCCCUGGCUGCCCGUGCUGCGCCUCUUCCACCCCAGCACCCUCCGACCCCUCCUCAGCGCCUCAGCCUUCGUUGCCCCCAAGGACGGGUUUUCCUACGGUUUCCUCAAGCCCUGGCUGGGUGAGGGGCUGCUGCUGAGCGGGGGGCACAGGUGGGUGCGGCACCGGCACCUCCUGAACCCGGCGUUCCACGGGGACGUGAUCCGGGGCUACACGGGAAUCUUCAACCAGAGCACCCACGUCCUGCUCGUGAGAGCCCCGAGAUGCACCCCCAGAUCUGCCCUGCACCCCCAAACCCUGUCCUGCACCCCCAAACCCUGUCCUGCACCCCCAAAUCUGCCAUGCACCUCUAAUCUGCCCUGCAUCCCAAACCCUACUGGUGGUCCCAGGUGGCCGGGUGGCUCACACCAUCCUCUCUCGCAGGACGAGGACGGCAACACCCUGUCGGAUGAGGACAUCGCGGCCGAGGCCGACACCUUCAUGUUCGAGGGCCACGACACCACGGCCAGCGGCCUGGCCUGGCUCUUCUACAACCUGGCCGGCCACCCCGAGUACCAGGAGCGGUGCCGCCAGGAGGUCCGGGAGAUCCUGGCAGGCCGGGACAGCGAGGACAUCGAGUGGGAGGACCUGUCCCGCCUGCCCUUCACCACCAUGUGCAUCAAGGAGAGCCUGCGGCUGCACCCGCCCGUCACCGCCGUGUCCCGGCGCUGCACCCAGGACGUGGCCCUGCGGGACGGUCGUGUCAUCCCCAAGGGGGUCAUCUGCCUGAUGAGCAUCUACGGGACCCACCACAACCCCGAGCUCUGGCCCGACCCCGAGGUCUACAACCCGCUGAGGUUCAGCCCCGAGAACACCAAGGGACGGUCCCCAACCUCCUUCAUCCCCUUCUCCGCCGGCCCCAGGAACUGCAUCGGGCAGAGCUUCGCCAUGGCCGAGAUGAAGGUGGUGACGGCGCUGACGCUGUCGCGGUUCUCGCUCCGGAGGGACCCGGCGCGGCCGCCCCCGCGCCGCAAACCGGAGCUGAUCCUGCGCGCCGAGGACGGGCUGUGGCUGCUGCUGGAGCCGCUGCCCAGGGGCACGGCCUGAGGGACACCGUGGGGACACCGUGGGGACACCGUGGGGACACCCCGCGGGGUGGGUGUCACGCCUGGGGGGGGCAGCGGGGAAUAAACGUGGCAC